AUGAACGCCAUCCAACAAAAGUGCCGCCCAAAGCACCAGGUGCUCGUCUUGAAGUGCUACCCACGAACUACCAAGGGUGCCGUGGACGUCAAACCCAACUCGAGCGAGCUCAGCUACCUGCUCUUUUACGCUCAGUCGCGGCGGUCCAAGAUCCAAAAAGUUGGAAGCUUCCUUGAAAAGAAGACGGCUAGCGAUGUCUAUCGCCAAAGGAUAGGCAAUGUGCAAGUCACGCUGCAGAUCGUGACGGCGCUCAUCGAAAAGACCCCCAACGACCUCCCCCUUUUUGCGACAUGUGUUCUCCACAUUCUCGACCAGAUCCUCAAAUCGCACGACAUUACCAUGGUCGAGUCCUCCGUCCCCACGUUCGAGGCCUUCUGCACCCACCAUGAUUCGACGUCACUCAUGGCUGACCAGGCCUACUUGCGCCAAUAUCUCGACGUCGUCCAGCAAUACGCCUCUCUCGCCUCAACGCGGGCCUUCCCCGGAAGGUUGGAACCCAGUAAGCCGAUUGCGCUUCGGUGGAGGAACACAGGGUUGAAGGCUAUCAAAAGCGUUGCCUCGUCGGAUGUCCUAGCCUCGGUCACGGCCCAGCACUACGACCUUGCCGUCCCUAUGGUCCUUGAGAACUUGUGGACCGACAACGAAGAUUUUCUAGAGGUUUUGUACCAGCGAGUUGAGAUGGAGGAGAAAAUUGGCUCAUCGCUACUGAGGAGGCGGACCAGUGUUGCGACUGUACAGACGGCCGAGAGCGAAUCCAACAACCCGAUCGCGCUGGCCGACACUGCCGUUGACAUGGAUAAGCUAGCCGAGGAAGACACGGGUGUGCUAGCGAUGGAGUGUCUGCGGCAGAUUUUCGUGGCGACUAGCCGGUCCCAGGCUCAGGGGGCCACUAUUGCACUCCUCAAGUUUAUCCAGGACCGUGUCAGCCAACAGGAGGAGGUGGUCAGGACGGAUUCGGAUGGGAGGGACAGCGGCUGGGCUGUCAAGAUGUUCCUGCUGGUUGCACGUUGGGCGCCAGUCGCCGACCGCUUCACGAUUCUCGUCACAACCAUGGAUUUCCUCGCCCAGCUGCCCCUGUCCGACGACACGCUACGUCAACACAUCGUGCUCGCAGCCUUGAUCGGCGCGCUGCUACGUUCGGACGUCAACCUGAUCGGUCUCAGCGUGAUGGAUAUCCUUCUUCAACUCACUGCCCACAUCCGCAAGCUUGUGCAGAUGCCAGGCGACCCGAAUAGCAUGCGGACUGAGCCGCAUGUCCCUGGUGAACCCGACCCGCGCUAUCGUGCUGGCCUGGACUCUGCCGAGAAGGUGGAGCUGGCUGUAGCGGAGCGUAAUGAUCUCCUCUACCGACUCCAGGAGUGCAUUGGGGAUCUAGCCACGCAUGUCUACUACGCUGACCAGAUCUCUGACAUGAUUUCCACUAUCCUCCAAAAACUCCGGCCGUCGCGCUCCAACAGUAGCACCUCAGGUUCUCCCCCUGCAGACAAAUCCGACACGCCCAAGUCAUCUGAGCAAGCCCUGGGUGAAGAGCACCCUCCCCAACACCAACACCAUCACGCCGAUUCAUUGUUCGCGCUUACCGUCGCUAAGAUCGCCGCGCUGCGAGCUAUCAAAUCGGUUCUCCUCGUCGCGAACCCGCGGUCUAAGAUGAGCACCAACCUUGGUCUAUCAAGGAGCCGGGUUCCCGUGCAGGUAUGGGAAGGGACACAAUGGCUCCUGCAAGACCCGGACGGACUUGUCCGGAAGGCGUAUGGGGACGCUGUGAUCACGUGGUUGGACCGUGAGACGACCGCGGCCGACUGGAAAGCCCAGGACGAGACAGCCCGGUCGGUGGUUAAGAACCGGGAUAUGCAUAAUUCGUCGCUCGCUAAGCGAGCAGUGUCGAGUGCUUCGGGGCGCGAGAAACCCGCCAAGACGCCUCGAUCGCAUUUCUUGCAACUUCUCCAUCUCGCCAUCUACGAAAACGCGAUCCAAUACAUCGAUUACGAGACGGAUAUUCUACUCCUCCAUGUCCUUCUGGCGAAGCUGGUUGAUCGUCUAGGGGUCAACGCCGUCCGAUUCGGCCUCCCCAUGAUCUUUAGGCUCCAGGAAGACAUCCAGGAUGCCGAGACCCCGCUUCACAAGGUCCGGUUGGGGAGCGUGGUCCACGGGUACUUCUGGGCGCUGACGGAGAAGUUUGAUUUUGAAGGGUCGAUCGUGGGGCGGGCGAUUCACAACGAAAUUGUCCGGCGCCGUACCAAGAGCUUUUGGGUCGAGGGCGUUAACAUGCCCGCGCCCCUUAUCGACUUGGUCGGAACACCGGGGACUGUCGCCCGCCAGCCGAGGCUCCCUAGCGACGAAAUUGAAUCGGAGGCAUUGCUUCCCUUCGAUGAGCGGCUGGGGCUUGUGGACUGCGUAUGCACGGCAUACCAGGAGCAGACGACCUCGCCGUCGCAAAGUCCGGCCGCUAGUCCCGGCCGCAGCUUCUCACACCCGAUCCUGGGCUCCGCAACGAGCAACAUCCCCAGCAUCGAAACCGAAGAUGAAGUACCGACUCUGUUCCGCGAACAAAUGCUGGGCGACUGGACCCGCGAAUCUGUCCUCGCAGCCGUGCAGACGGCAAGCAAAUCCGCAUCGAUCAGCGGAUCGCGGUCCGGCACCACCGGCACCAACCACCGCCUCAAUGCUAACGGAGGACUGGCGGUCAAUGGACACCACGGGCGACCAGAUAAGACCUCCCCGCACGGUAGCAGGACGAACCUCCGGCCAACCCCUUCGCCGAUUGGUGGUGACGGACCGCACAAAACGAGCGUACGAAGCGGCCACUCUCAGGGACCACCACGCAACAGCGAGCCCAAAGAACAGGUCACAUCCGUCGAGCAGCUCAAGCUCGUCCUGUCUGGCCACCUGCAGCCACCACCAUCCAUGCACGGCCCCAAAUUCCAACACGACGACUCCAGCAGCGACAGCCUCGUGAGCUACGACAUGACCCCCAGCGAGCUGUCGUUCAACCCGAGCAUGCUCCCUGGCAACGAACACACUCAAACAGCCACAGCGUCUAGAACAACAGACAAACUCGACCAUGCCGCUGCUCAUCAAUCACGCCCUGUCUCACGCGACCGCAAACCCUCCCUACCCGGCGGCCCCCUCAACUCGUACCCGCCCGACGAUGAGGACGACCACGAGUACGAAGACGACGAGCAAGAUCCGGACCCCCACACCGACGGCAUGCAUGUGCCCCCCGUCCCACCUCUCCCGUCGGGGUUCGCCUCCAACGGCGGCGUAUCCAGCGCCACAACCCGCGUUCAGUCCUCCACCACCACCGCCGCUAGCAGCCGCGCAUCACCCGACAGUCGCGCGCCCACCAUUCCCCGGCCCUCGACUUCCAAGCGUAGCGUCAAGAGCCGAACUGGCGGUGGUGCUGCUGCUGGUGAUGGUGGCCACCGGCCACUUUCGUCGUCGUGGGCGAUGGCGCCGGAGGAGAAGCCGCCUGCGAUGGACUUGAAUGCGUUGCUUUUGGGGAUUGAUGCGCAUGCGGGGGAGCAGGGGGGUGGGGAAGGGCUGGGGGCUGUUAGUCGCCCGCCUUAUUGA